UUAUUAUCGCACCACAUAUACUGAGUUUUCUACGAGGCUCAGACAACAGUCAUUAAAAAAGUAUAGGAUUUGUAAGAAUAAACAUAGGAUAUUCUGUAUAUAGAAAUCUUUGUUUAAUUUUACUUGUGGUAUUUUUUUAUUUCAUUCGUAUGGCAUCAUUUUAAACAAUAAUAUAAUAUAAAACUUAAACAUUGCUGAAUUGUUAGAAAACAGAAAAUAAUUUAUCAGAAGCAGUUUUAAAAUAAGCUUAGCAACUAAACUUUUUUAAACUAUUUUUACUCUCAUUUAAAAACACGAUAAACCAAUAUCAAGUAAAUCAAUCAAAUUAUUUAAAUAUCUAAUAUAUUUUAAUGAUAAUAAUUUAGAAAACCAAUAAUGUCAUAUCAGAGAAAUACUCUAUUUACCUUUAUGGUGUUUAUUUGGUGGACAUAUGUAUACUCUCAAAAUGUACUCAAGAAAUGUUAUUAUGAUUAUAUUAAUUUGAAAAAUAUGGAUUUACAAGAUGCUGCUUUAGAAAUACAAUUUACAAAUAAAGUAUUAAAUUCAUAUGACUUACUGAGAAUGGAGCGGCAUCUUCGAGUGGGAAAAAUUUUAUCUCAGUUUGCAGAUUUAAGUUUUGAUGAUAUGAUAAAACGAAUUAUUCCACCAUAUAUAGACAACACAAAUAACCAUAAAGAUAAAAUGAUUGAAUUAAUAGCAAAAAAUGAGGAUGAAUUGCGUCAAUGUUUGUUGCCAAUUUACGGUGAUAAGACACUUGAGGAAUUAAAACCCAAAAAGAAAUGUAAUUGUUUGAUGUAUAUAAUUAAUGUUUUGUCUAAAAGCAGUGAAAUACCAUAUGACGUAGCGGUUAUUCAACGAAAACAAUCAAUGGUAUAUUAUGCUACAGAGUUUUUGAAAUCUGGUAGUUAUUCUAAACAAAAGUUGUGCAGCGAAGGCAAUGAUCUGAAAUGUAAAUUAGUUGGAUUAAUAAUUUAUACCAAAUAUAACGGAACUAUUGUGAAGCAAUCGGGAGGAUGUGAAAACAAUAAUGAUAAAUUGGAAUGUAAUAUUAAUUUUGAAACGGUAAACGAAAAUUAUACUUAUCAAUUUCAAGAUAAAGAAAAUAACAAUUAUUUUGGAAUUGAAUUUAGACAGGAUACCAGUAAUUUCAUUGAUUUUUCUAUAGAUCAUUGAAAUGAUUAGAUUUAAAUCAGAAAAUCUCAAAAGUUAGCUAGGUAGCUUAUUUCAUAAUAAUUAAUUGUAAAUAAUAUUAUUUAAUUUUUAUUCAAUAAUUUAAAUAAUUUGAUGUUUGAUAGGUCAAAAAUUAUGUUACAAUAUUGUUUCUUGGAAUAGUAAUUUAUUUCUUACAUAUAUGAUAAUUCUU